UUUCUUUGGACAGAAGAAUCUAAGGAACGUGUACAACCUGCCUCACAUUUAACUUCUCACCAAUCACCAACAUCUGAAGAUGAAGUAAAGCAGUUUGAGCAAGGAAUAAAUAGAACUAAUGGAUCUGUGGUAACAGCCAAAUUUGUCUCAGAGAGAAAGACAAGUGAAAUUGCAGAGGCUAUGGAAGUGGAAAUGGAAAGGGAAAUGACUUCCAAAGACACUUCAGAGGAGCCAUAUGCACACUCACAUGCACCCACUUUGCCUAGAGCUGAUUUGGCAGUUGACAAGGGAACUGGUGGCAACGGCAUUAUGUCAGUUGAUAACCAUUAUGGUUUGGAGGUUGGAUCUAUGGUAGAGGUUCCUAUGGCAGAUGGUGUUCCAAGAUAUGGUGUCAUUCGCUGGAUGGGAAGUAUGCCACAAGUGAAGGAAAAGCUGGUAGCAGGUCUGGAAUUGGAAGUGAAGGAGUCUGCAUGUUCAGAUGGGACUUUUAAUAAAGAAAGAUAUUUCACCUGCCCAGCAGGACGAGGUUUCUUUGUUUUACUGGAGCAUUGCCGACCAGAUUCCCGCUUUGCUAACUCACCAAUCACUGAUGUCAGUCUAAAUGCUGAAAAAGACUUUGGAUCUGAGCCUUCUCCAGAAAUCCCAGGCGUAACCAUGCCUCCCAAAACUCUUGAGGAUAAUCACCGUGGGCAGAUGCGUGGUCUCCAAGGUCACCAUAACUCGUGCUACCUUGAUGCCACACUUUUCAGUAUGUUUGCAUUCACAAGUGUGUUUGACACCUUGCUGCAUCGUGUCAAAAAAGAUGAUGAUUUGGAGGAAUAUGAUAAAGUGCAGAGUGUGCUAAGAAACUUGAUUGUCAAUCCUCUCAGAGUGAAAGGUUUUGUUCGUGCAGAUCGCCUUCUUACACUGAGACAACUUCUUGACCAGCUCAGUUCCACAGCAGGCCUAAUAAAUGAAGAAAAAGACCCAGAAGAAUUUUUAAACUCUCUCCUGCAACAAGUAUUAAAAGCGGACCCAUUUCUUCACUUGAAGCCCCGAGAUGUGCAAGAGAAGAAAGGUGAAGGAGCGUUCUUGUACCAGAUCAUAACUGAUAAGGAUGAGUCGGUGAAAAUUGCUCAGGUUCAAACUAUGUUGGAGCAGUCUUUUAUCUCAGCGGAUCUCAUACUAUCUGAGGUACCAUCGUGUUUGAUUCUUCAGAUGCCUCGGUUUGGUAACAGAUACAAAAUGUACGACAUGAUUCUACCCAAUCUGGAACUUGACGUCACUCACAUCGUCGAAAAUGUUCCCCGCGAAUGUACCAUGUGCGGCUCUGACGUUGCUCAAUAUGAGUGCAAGAAGUGCUAUCAAAAAGGUCUCCUGAAAGACGGACCCGGAAUAGCGAGCUACUGUAAAGGAUGCCAUGAGAAAGUUCACGGUCAUCGAAACCGUCAGGAUCAUAACCCAAAGCCGAUACUUCUACCUCGAGUGUACGGUUACUACAGUGACCAAAAGAAAACAGGCGAAAGGCAGAUAACAUUCCUCAAACAGAAAAUGGAUCUCUUUGCUGUUGUCUGUAUCGAGACUAGUCAUUACGUGGCAUUUGUUAAGUGUGGUAUGGAUGAAAACGCCCCCUGGUGCUUCUUUGACAGUAUGGCGGACAGGAAAGGAGAAAGAAAUGGUUACAAUAUCCCUGCUGUGACGCCUUGUCCUGAAGCGCUGGAAUGGCUCUCCAAAACCCCCGAAGAAAUAAUUGCAGCAAAGGAGAGAGGCGAGAUGCCUGAAAAAGUACGUCGUCUACUAGGAGAUGGAUAUCUGUGUAUGUACCAGAACUUGGACAUGACUAUGUAUAAAUAAAUCAGGAGACAUGCCAGUGGCUACGUCUCCAACACGUUCGAAUUACGUCGUUUAUGCGAGGAUUCACCGCUUCUUAAGUAGGAAGUCAAGUUAACUACACCGCAUGAAAUGCACGUGUGAAAUACUUGGGGAAGUGCCUCUCACUAGGUUAUGUAUUAGUAUUUGGGAGAGAAAUGUAUAUAAGGAAAAAUUAAAAAAGUGAUUUUUUUCAGGCGUAUACCUAUAAUUUGUAAACUUAUUUUUUAGCCUCGCUCGCAUUUCUGUUAUGCGUCAUGAGCAAAGUUCAUUGACACUAAAAUGAUGGAAAAAUUGAUAGUUGUAUGUAAAGCAGAAGAGAAUCAUUCAAAAUGAAAAACCAAAAUUGAGAGCGAUUUAUCCAUCACUUAGAAAGUAAGCAAAAUCAAAAUCUUGUCAUGUUAAGUACAUAGAACUUAACUGCUUUAAGUUUCAUUUCACUUAAGUCGAAUACAAUACGAACAGUAGAAUUUGUACAGUUACAGUGAACUCAAAGAUUGAUAGACAUAAAUUUUGUAAGCUUGUGAUGUCUAACGAAACUAUGUUAAGAGUGAAAGGGUUUUGUAGACGCGUAAAAAUUAUACUGUGCAGGUAGAGGUUUACGCGACGGGGAGGGGGGGAGGGGUGAAACGGGUUGAAGGAUGGGAGGUUAAAAUGUGGACAACUUUACAUGGAGUAUAAGUGCUCAGUUAGUUUAGUCUAGGCUCCUAAAAGAGUAUAGUUAAUUCAAUUUUUACGAAAACUUCUGUAGCGUUUGGUUCAAUUCCUUGAUAUAUGGUUAGCUUUUGUUAUAAUCCGCGUUUGGGUAGUACUCUUGUACUUCCAUUUGUAUUCAGAAAAAAUUCAGAAACAUUAAAUAAAUUUAUUUGCAUUACUUUA